AUGUAAAAUAGUUUGUUCCCAAAUACGAUGAAAAAAACUGUUUUCAAAAAAAUUAUUAUUGCUGUAAUAGAAAACAUGAAAAUAUUUAGUUAAAGUGAAAGGGAAUUUUAGUUUAUUAUAAAGAACCUCUAGUACUAUGGAGUAGAAUUGUGCAUAGUAAUCUUGGAUGAAACCAUAUCUAUAUAAGAGAGCCAUUAAUAUCAAAACAUUAUCAUUGAUAAUAAAUAAGUAGUCUCAUUUUUCCAUAACUGCAAAAGCCUAUUAGUGUACUUAAAUAGCAGCAGAUAUUCUAAAUUUCAUGAUAGCUCACUUUUGUACUGUGAAAAUUUUUGA